AUGCUGGCUCUCCGCCUGCUCACGGUCGUCAGCGCCUCGCUCCUCCUCGUAGCCAAAGUUUAUGGGGGCGAUGAACAACAGCCUCCAGCACAAGAAACAACGAAAAAAACCACAUAUGCUGUCACACUUGGAAAAGAUGGCACAUGUCUUUCCGAGAUCAACAGUGCUCGUAAGAAGGCCGGUUUCAAUGAUUUCGUAAUUCCUCAAGAGGAUGCAAAACAGAAAAGAUUGCCUGAGCAAGGAGAGGAAGUGCCCGACAGCGAUGCCACAUGGGUUUGGAAGCCCGUUUGCGAUGUCUUGAUACCACAAGAAGUAACAGGCAAAAGCACCGAGGAAGAAGCUGGAAAAAAAUUCGUGAGCGGCACAUACGCAUUUCAGGUCGUCGUCGAUGCUGUUAGUCCUAGUUGUACUGACGUAGUAGAAAAGUGGAAAAACGCAUACAAAAACUUCAAUGGAUUGCCUCCAUCGAAUAAGAAUAGCGAGUUGUAUACAAGCCAGGACAAUAUAUCUUUCGUGGCCAUGUACAACCCUUCUGACGAUGCUACCGCCGACUGCCGGGUCGUCACCUGUACUAGGAAGAUCACCACCACUCCAACGCGGCUACUAUUGGAUUCGGCAGAGGAAGAAGAAGAGGAUGAAACUAAGGCUGAAGAAACAAAGCAAGGCUCUGCUUUGAUCUGCAUGACGACGCCUGACGUUCUUCCGGCUAACAGUGAACACCCUCCUUUCACAGAGGUGCCGCAGCAUUCUUUGGCGUUGCAGCAGCGUUGUGAGAGAGCAAUACUAAGAAGAAGUGAUUGA